UGGGUGCCAAGCUGGGGCAUGUGGAUUUUGUUUUGAAGGCAGUAGGGAAAUACGGAGGAGGGAGUGGGCAGCUUUCUGGUUUGAAAGCCCUUCUGAUCACAACUCCGGCAGGCCCAGAGGCCAGGGGCCAGCAGCACAGGAGAAUCGUGCGGGGGGCUAUGCGUCUGUGAAGCAGAGGAGGAGGGACGGCGGUGAGCAUGUCGGCGCUGAACUGGAAGCCCUUCGUGUACGGGGGCCUGGCCUCGGUCACGGCCGAGUGCGGUACAUUUCCAAUUGAUCUGACCAAGACACGGCUCCAGAUUCAAGGCCAGAAGAACGAUGCAAACUUUAAAGAGAUCAGAUAUCGAGGAAUGCUGCAUGCGCUGGUGAGGAUAGGCAGAGAAGAAGGCCUGAAAGCGCUGUAUUCGGGGAUUGCCCCUGCGAUGUUACGCCAGGCUUCCUACGGCACCAUCAAGAUAGGCACUUACCAGAGCCUGAAGCGGCUAUUUGUUGAGCACCCGGAAGAUGAAACCCUUCUGAUAAAUGUGUUAUGUGGAAUUCUCUCCGGAGUCAUAUCCUCAAGCAUUGCUAAUCCAACUGAUGUUUUGAAAAUACGGAUGCAAGCACAAAACAGCACCCUUCAAGGAGGAAUGAUCGGCAACUUCAUUAACAUUUACCAGCAAGAGGGAACAAGAGGGCUGUGGAAGGGUGUGUCCCUGACAGCCCAGAGGGCUGCUAUCGUCGUUGGCGUGGAGCUGCCAGUCUACGACCUCACCAAGAAACACCUCAUUCUCUCGGGCCUGAUGGGAGACACCGUGUAUACCCAUUUCCUCUCGAGCUUCACCUGUGGGCUGGCCGGGGCCCUGGCCUCAAACCCUGUGGAUGUUGUGAGAACACGUAUGAUGAAUCAGAGAGUCUUUCGCGACGGCAGGUGCCCUGGCUACACAGGUACCUUGGAUUGCUUGUUACAGACGUGGAAGAAUGAAGGUUUUUUUGCUCUAUAUAAAGGGUUUUGGCCAAAUUGGUUGAGACUCGGUCCUUGGAAUAUUAUUUUCUUCGUGACAUACGAGCAGUUGAAGAAAUUGGAUUUGUGACAAGUCAUGACUGCAUGAGAGACAUCCCUCUGACAAUGCUCACUUCUGAAAUAGCAAAGCUUCCUUGUUUCCCACCGCUUCUCACUGCUUAGCUCCUCACAGGUUCUGAGGUGUGAGCAACAGGUGAAGACUGGGUUAGCUCGGAUUGCGGUGUCUUGGCAUCAGAUACUCUGUAUCAAACGUUUAAUGGCAUAAACAGUAACAUCCAAACACUAGUCCUUACCAUUCAAGUGCCCUUCGACCUCAAGGAUAACAUGAAAUGCAUGUUUCUUGCUGAAGAAAACUUGUAUGAAGAUCAGGAACUGUGUGCUAUUUUCUUCAGGGGGGAGUAACUCCUGAUACAUCUCAGCGCGCUGCUGAGACCACCAGACUGUUCGAAAGAGGCUCUCCAGAGCCGCGGAGGAGACCCCCCCAAGAGGGUGUUACUGUUCGGGAAACACUGGGGGUCUGUGACUUCGUGUCAGCUGAAGAACCGUCACACGUGGAGACCUGGCUUUUCAACUCCGGGUAAAAACAGUGCAGGAAAUAGAUCCCUGGAAUAUUACACUGCUUGAUAAUUUCCUAUUUGGGCAGGAUCUCUCACUUAUAAUAAGUGAUUUUUAAGCCUUUGACAACUCAACCUUUGUGAGGAAUUGUUACGAAGUAUUUUAAUAUCUAAACUCGUGAUGAUGAGAUAGGUUGGCUUUG